GUUGAUAUUGGUAGCGUUUUGUUGGAGAUACCGUUGCAAACAAUUCGACAAUAAGGUGGGCACAGACGUCGAUUUCCUUUUGCCAGUAUGCACCACAUAGUGGCGCUUGUUUUGCUAUGUGCAACUGCUGAAGGUUUGAAGGAGCCGCUGCUGGUCUACCCACGCCUUCUGGAAGGGCGCUCUUCAGAUGGCAGGCUCGUCUUGCAAGUACACGACGACCUCACGCUGAACCUCGAAAGGGCGUCAGUAGCGGCACCACAACUUCGUGUUCUUCGAGAAGAAAACGGUGCUUCGGUAACGGAGGUGUAUGACGGACACGAAAUCAACAGAGACCUUUACCAGGAUCGAGAUCACUUGGCGACAGUUUCAGUGAACAUGAACGGAAAAAACGCGGAAGUUGCAGGUAUAGUGGGACCAAAUCACAGGAUCGAGCCGGUGCCAACAAUGGAACGCUCGGAGGGCGGACUCAUUGCGCACAUGGUCUACGAAAUCAAGCGCGAUGAAGUGCACGACAAAGCGCUCUCCUUCGUUGAAAACGUUAAAGGUUCACGCUUCUCUGCGAGAUAUGCUGACGCCCAUGAAAGCGUUCCGCCGGAAGUCGCCGUUGAAGUUUUCGUUGUUUCAGACGUACCUCAUCACAACCAUUUCAAGACCACAAAAGAAGUAUUAGUGUACAUCUGCAUCAUGAUGAACUCUGUAAACCUUCGGUUGACUGACAUGACAAGCCCCAGGGUGAGGCUCGUUUUAACUGGCUUGGAAAAGCCUUCGUCAGAGGACUAUUUGCAGGGUACGAGUGACUUGAUGCACGACACUAGGACAAUAAAAGAAUUUAAAGACUAUGCCUUCAAGAAGAAAAGCUAUUUCGGAAGGCCGGACGUCGUGUAUCUCCUUUCCGGGCGUGACGUCGUCACGGAUGGAAGCGAUGGUAAAUUGGACAGGAUGGCUGCAGGAAUUGGUUACGUUGCUGGAAUCUGCACGAGCCACUACGUUGCUCUAGGCGAAGACAUUCCAGGUCUAUUUACUGGAAUGCACACAAUGACGCACGAAAUCGCUCACGUGCUCGGUAGCGUGCAUGAUGGAAGUGGCCCAAGCUCUGCGAUCGAACGACACCCAGGAGCUUUGAAUUGCCCGUGGGGUAACGGAUACAUAAUGAGCUACGUCGACAACGGUCCAAAGCAUCACCAGUUCUCCUACUGCAGCUUGAGGCAGAUGCAGUAUGUCCUCACAUUGCGAGGCAGGGAAUGCUGGGAAGUCGUAUCUACACCACAGAACGUGAGCAGAAAGUACCCUGGCUAUAGAAACAUAAUCAAAAAGAUUUGCAAGAAAGCAUUCCCAAAUAUAGAAAACGUAGAAGCUGAAGUGGUAAGUCCAAGCCCAAACGAGUGUAAAUUAAAAUGCAAGCAUCAGGUACAUAUAGGAAUGUAUAUCAAGACAUACUCCAUUAUGAAGAAUGCACCGGACUACACGCCUUGUGGAGACAAGAUGGCGUGCGUGAGGGGUUACUGCGUGUACGCACCAAACGUUCCGCCAAGGAAUAAUGGAGGAAGAAAGGUCCUUCCUGGUUCUGCCGCGUCACCACCAAGACCAGCUUCCGCAAACCAAUAGCCUUAGAGGAGAAGGUAAAGGAGUCAUUGGCCGCAAAGAGGAAUGCGUUGUAAGACAUUCGUCACGAUUAUAAGUGUGCAGCCACCGGCAAUAGAGCGCGCCUUUCUCCCCCCUUCCUCCCGAACUAAUAAAUUGUGGCG